AUGAGGCCCGUGUCGGAGAUCGGCAGACGACUAACAACGGCUGAUAAAGGAUCGUCGGCAGAAAGCAGUGCGGCUGCGGAGCGGCACUUUACGUUGGAGCUUUGUUGCUGUAGAGUCGGUGAAACCCCACAGCUCCAACGAUUGUUGGCGCUGCUGAGCUGUGUUGGUAUAUGUUCGGAGUGGCGGUGGUAUGAUAUUGUGAUGGUGCUGGGGUACCUGCCGAAAGCUGGCGAUGGAAGCCACCGGGAUUGUGAUACACCCGACAAGCCUAAUGUGUAUUAUGCUAAUGACCCUGGCAGAAUUUAUCUCCGCCCGGGGUUGUUACAUGAUAGAGAAUGGCUUCUCAAGAGCUUCAGUGGAGAAGUUUUGACUCUGAAAAAGGUUCCAGAACUAGGUUUUAUUACUACUAUGGUUGAUCUCAAAACGGGACUACUCAUAGCUGAGUCACCACGCUACAAAGAGAAACUGCACGUUGAACACAAAUCAGAUCAAUCUAUUAAGGGCAGAGAAGUUAUGGAAGUAUAUUCUCAGGCUUUCGAGAAUCUGAGGUGCUCAAGAGAGGGUUUGUUUUCGUCGGAUGCUAGCACGAGACUUGAGAUUUUUGGUCAAAACAAACCUUAG